AGCGGUCAUUAUUAUAAUACUCGCUUGCUUCUUCAUCUGAGCAUCAUUUCAACCUCGAACCAGCAAACUCACAGGUGGUGUAACCUAUUCUCUCUCUCUCUUUUCGAGAAAUAAAAAUAAACAAAACCAAUCAUGUGUGACGACGAUAUUGCCGCUCUUGUCAUCGACAACGGAUCCGGUAUGGUGAAGGCCGGAUUCGCCGGAGACGAUGCCCCAAGGGCUGUCUUCCCAUCCAUCGUUGGCAGGCCCCGUCAUCAGGGUGUCAUGGUCGGUAUGGGACAGAAGGACAGCUAUGUCGGAGACGAGGCCCAGAGCAAGAGAGGUAUCCUCACCCUGAAGUACCCCAUCGAGCACGGUAUCGUCACCAACUGGGACGAUAUGGAGAAGAUCUGGCAUCACACCUUCUACAAUGAACUCCGUGUUGCCCCAGAGGAGCAUCCCGUCCUCCUUACCGAGGCUCCCCUCAACCCCAAGGCCAACAGGGAAAAGAUGACACAGAUCAUGUUUGAGACCUUCAACUCACCCGCCAUGUACGUCGCCAUCCAGGCCGUACUUUCACUCUACGCCUCUGGUCGUACCACUGGUAUCGUUUUCGACUCUGGUGAUGGUGUUUCCCACACCGUGCCCAUCUACGAGGGUUACGCCCUUCCCCACGCCAUCCUCCGUCUGGACUUGGCUGGACGUGAUCUCACCGACUACCUGAUGAAGAUCCUCACCGAGCGUGGCUACACUUUCACCACCACUGCUGAGCGUGAAAUCGUUCGUGACAUCAAGGAGAAGCUCUGCUACGUCGCCCUUGACUUCGAGCAGGAGAUGCAGACUGCUGCCUCAUCCUCCUCCCUCGAGAAGAGCUACGAGCUUCCCGACGGACAGGUCAUCACCAUCGGCAACGAGCGAUUCCGUUGCCCAGAGUCUCUCUUCCAGCCAUCCUUCCUUGGAAUGGAAUCUGCUGGCAUCCACGAGACCUGCUACAACAGCAUCAUGAAGUGCGAUGUUGACAUCCGUAAGGAUCUGUACGCCAACACUGUUCUUUCUGGAGGCUCCACCAUGUUCCCAGGAAUCGCCGACAGGAUGCAGAAGGAGAUCACCGCCCUUGCUCCACCAACCAUGAAGAUCAAGAUCAUCGCUCCUCCCGAGAGGAAAUACUCUGUAUGGAUCGGAGGCUCCAUCCUUGCCUCUCUCUCAACCUUCCAACAGAUGUGGAUCAGCAAGCAGGAAUACGAUGAGUCUGGCCCAUCCAUCGUCCACAGGAAAUGCUUCUAAACAACUCAUUUUUGUUUUACUUCUGUUGAGCACAAUAACGAACUCCUGGGGUGGGUUAAGUGGGUCACCUUUAUCAAAUGGGAAAAUUCUGGAACAGUUGGGUUGAUUAGGAAUUAUCUAGCUAUCCAUCCCCGAUAAUAGUCCCAUCAUGGCUAUUGAUUGCUCAAACACUUGACAUAUUAUGGCGAUUUUUUUGCCCAUACUGGUGACCACUUUACCAAUUUGUUAAAUUAAAAACAAAUAGGUCCUGAACCUGCCUCAACUUUGGCAAAGUAAAGAGAGAGAAAUAUUGUGAGAAAAGGUUGACAUUAUCUUCUGGUUCCGAGGUUGGCAAUGAGGAUAAAAAUCAACAUCCAAACUUAAUAUAACUUAAUAAAAAAAUAGUUCCCUUUUAGUCAACAAUUUUUGUUCUACUAAAAUUUCUUUGAACCAAUCCGUGAUUCUACGGAAUAACAUUCUUGCAAAAGCACACGAUUUUGUAUCUUUAUAUUUAUAAGUAAAUUGCUUUAGAGAAACUUAUGAUUGCAUUAUAAUCUUGAAAAGAAAUCUUAAAGAGAAUAAUCUAUGAUACAUAAUGAUAAAAAUGCGCGUUCAACUUGGAUCAUGCAUAUUUUUGUUUGAUAUGUACACUGUAUAUAUUUUGUAACUCUAAAAAAAUAUGAAAAAAAAGAAACACAACUGCAAUUCUCAACAUGAGAAUGCAAUAAAAAAGCAGUACUAAGUA